UCAUCUUACAGCCACAUGCGAAUGCGCAAGUAUUUACGUAACCGUAUAAUAUUAUGGGCUAUUUACAUUGAUUUAUAAGUUUUAUUUUAUUUGUGAAUCUUUUAUUCUAUUUAGAAAUUUUUGAUUGAGACAUUUGGGAUUCGAGGUGCGCACGCGCAGAAAAAUGCCGAAAGUGAAACAGAUCUCCAUGGAAGAGGAAUACAAGAAGAACCCAGAUAUAUCUCCAGAGGACAUCAGGAAACUACGAGAGUGGUUGAAGACACAGCCGCAUUUACCCAACGAAUAUGUCACUGAUCUCGACCUUCUACUGACGUUCCAUUGCUGCGAGCGCAGUGCGGAAGUGACAAAGCAGGUGUUCGACCUGCAUCUCACGUUACGUACUCUGUUUAAUGGCUUCUUCCAAAAUCGUGUGAUGGAUCAGCGGCUUCAAAUGGCAUUGGACACUGUGUUGAUAUCACCGCUCCCGACUCCGACGGUUCAUGGCUAUAGAGCUUUAUAUGGACGCCUCUUGAGCCCUGAUCAUAGAAAUUUCAUAUUCAGCGAUGUCGUUAAGUUAUUCAUGAUGAUAUUUGAUUUGUGGCAGUAUGAAGAAGGGACAUGGCCUGGAUUUGUCCUUAUUAUAGACAUGGACCAAACAACUAUAGGCCAUUUGGGGAAAUUGGAUGUAAUGAGCAUACGCCAGGUGUUAUAUUUCUUACAGGAAUGCAUGUUGGUAAAGUUAAAAGAGGUGCAUUUUCUGAACGCUCCAUACUUCAUGGACAAACUGAUGAUGUUAUUGAAACCGUUCAUGAAGAAAGCACUGCUAGACAUCAUCAGAAUCCAUCAAAGGGACACCACCACUUUGGAACAAUUCGUUAAGAAAAGCAGUCUGCCUAAGGACGAGGGAGGAGAAUAUCUGAGUCGGAGCACUCUUAAAGAGGAGCAAAUGCGCCGUUUAGAAGAUAACAAGGAUUUCUUCAAAAAUGAGAGUCAUAGAAGAGUGAAUGAAUCGUUAAGAGAGGGCAAAAAGGCAACCAUUGAAGACAUAUUUGGAUUGCAGGGUAGUUUUAAGAAAUUAGACAUUGAUUGAACAUGUUAUAUAUGGAAUAAGGAAAUAAAUUAUGUGAUUAAAA